CAAACCCUAGAAAUUUCCCUUCGAGAGAUUCACGCUCUUUCUCUAAAUUCUAGCGAAUAGCAUUCCUUUUUCGGACCUCUCCGAAAAAAUCUGAAUUGAGAUGGCGUCGUUUGAGGAAGCGCCGCCUGGAAACAAGGCCGCCGGAGAGAAGAUUUUCAAGACCAAGUGUGCUCAGUGCCACACAGUCGACAAAGGAGCUGGCCACAAGCAAGGACCUAACCUAAAUGGUCUCUUCGGGCGGCAGUCUGGAACUACCCCGGGUUACUCGUACUCUGCUGGUAACAAGAACAAGGCUGUGAUUUGGGAAGAGAAGACCCUGUAUGAUUACUUGUUGAAUCCCAAGAAGUACAUCCCUGGAACGAAGAUGGUUUUCCCAGGAUUGAAGAAGCCUCAGGACCGUGCUGAUCUCAUUGCAUACCUGAAGGAGUCCACAGCUUAAGCACACUUCAUGGUUAUGUCUUUUUGCAGUUGAGAGCCACAUUUUACCUUUUGAGUAGCAAAAAAAACUCAAAUACUCUACUAAAUAAUUCUUUGGAAUACCUUUUGAAGUCCCUCUUGCAAGAGAUAAUGUUUUUGUCAGAUGGAAAUAAAUUUGAGUGGUCUAUGCCUAUCUAGAUACUAAAGGUUCAAAGCGAUGUUUGCUUGAACAUUCUUUUCGACAGUGCCCCUUAUUCUGGUCUGUAAAAGAUCUGGAGUACAUUCUCUUUCUUAUGAUAAGAAACAAUUUAUUUCCAA